CGCGAGCUUUGUCAGUAAGAGUUGACUGAAAUGUCAGAGCUGUGCAAUUCACAGGCGGGGCGGCUGCUGCAUCCCGCUUUUCCCCGAAGUAUUCCAUGACUGCCACUUUGCAAACUUCGCCAUCCAUUUCUGCAGUGAUUCCGACAUCAACAUGCCGACCCAGCAGCGCACCACCAUCACGCAGUCCCAGUUCUGCCUGUGCUUUCUUGCGCUCUGCACGCUUUUUGGGAAGUCACGCACUGAAGAAGACUUCGUAGUCACAACCAAGAGUGGAAAAGUACGGGGGCUCAGCCUGCCUGUUCUGGGUGGCACGGUGACUGCCUUCCUCGGGAUCCCCUAUGCACAGCCUCCUCUUGGUAGGCUAAGAUUCAAAAAGCCACAGCCGUUAAACAGGUGGUCUGGCAUUCAGAAUGCUACCAAAUAUGCGAAUUCGUGUUAUCAGAACAUAGAUCAAACCUUCCCAGGCUUCCCCGGGUCAGAAAUGUGGAAUCCGAACACGAACCUCAGUGAAGACUGCUUGUAUCUGAAUGUUUGGAUUCCAGCACCCAAACCGAAAAAUGCCACUGUCAUGGUAUGGGUUUAUGGUGGUGGCUUUCAAACUGGGACGUCCUCUCUGCCUGUUUAUGAUGGGAAAUUUCUAGCACGGGUUGAAAGAGUUAUUGUAGUUUCAAUGAACUAUAGGUUAGGUGCCCUUGGAUUUCUAGCUUUACCUGGAAAUUCUGAGGCUCCGGGGAACGUGGGCUUAUUUGAUCAACAGUUGGCACUUCAAUGGGUCCAAAGAAACAUAGCCGCCUUCGGAGGGAAUCCUAAAAGUGUAACACUUUUUGGGGAAAGUGCAGGAGCAGCUUCAGUGAGCUUACAUUUGCUUUGUCCCCAAAGCUACCCCUUGUUUACCAGAGCCAUUCUGCAAAGUGGGUCCUCUAAUACCCCCUGGGCAGUGAAGUCUCCUGAAGAAGCCAGAAACGGGACUUUGGCCUUAGCUAAAUUUACUGGCUGCUCAAAGGAGAACGACACGGAGAUGAUUGAAUGCCUUCAAAAUAAAGAUUCUCAGGAAAUUCUGGUGAAUGAAAGGUUCGUUGUCCCCUCUGAUUCCCUCUUAGCGAUAAAUUUCGGUCCAACGGUAGAUGGUGAUUUUCUCACUGAUAUGCCCCACACACUGCUCCAACUUGGACAAGUGAAAAAAACUCAGAUCUUAGUGGGUGUUAACAAAGAUGAAGGCACAGCUUUUCUAGUGUAUGGUGCUCCUGGUUUCAGCAAAGAUAACGACAGUCUCAUCACUCGGAGGGAAUUCCAAGAAGGAUUAAAUAUGUAUUUCCCAGGAGUGAGCAGCUUGGGCAAGGAAGCAAUCCUUUUCUACUAUGUGGACUGGUUAGGUGACCAGACGCCGGAAGUCUACCGAGAUGCCUUGGACGAUAUUAUUGGAGAUUACAACAUAAUUUGCCCUGCGUUGGAGUUUACCAAGACAUUUUCAGACCUUGAAAACAAUGCCUUUUUCUACUAUCUCGAACACCGAUCUUCCAAAGUUCCUUGGCCUGAGUGGAUGGGAGUGAUGCAUGGCUAUGAAAUCGAGUUUGUCUUCGGCUUACCUCUGGAACGGAGAGCUAAUUAUACGAGAACUGAGGAAAUGUUGAGUCGAUCCAUAAUGAAGCUGUGGGCAAAUUUUGCAAAAUAUGGACAUCCCAAUGGGACCCAGACCAAUAGCACACUGUGGCCUCUCUUCACAAGCACUGAACAAAAAUACCUAUCCUUGAAGACAGAAAAAUCAACAAUAAACUCUAAACUUCGUGCUCCACAAUGCCAAUUUUGGAAUCUAUUUUUUCCUAAAGUCGUGGAAAUGACAGGAAAUAUUGAUGAAACAGAACAAGAGUGGAAAGCAGGAUUUCAUCGCUGGAGCAAUUAUAUGAUGGACUGGAAAAAUCAAUUUAACGAUUACACUAGCAAGAAAGAGAGUUGUAUGGGACUCUAAUUAAUAGAUUUACCCUUUAUAGAAUGUUCAUUUUCCUGUAGAUGAAGGCAAAAAUACCAGUAGCUCUCUCCACAUAUAUCAAGAAUGCUAUUAUACAACAGAGAGAGAAAUGUCAGAGGGGAAUAUUGAUUCUUCACAUCUUUCACUUAGUAUUUUACCUAAUAUUUCAGAACCAAGUAAUUAGAAGUUGUUUUCUUAAUUUACAGAAUAUGAACUUUGAGAAUUAUGUGUAUAUUAAUACAACAUGCUGUUCUGAUCUUACUUUCCUGAACAUCGUCACAGUUUUUACCUAGCAAGUGCAUUCUCUGUUUUUAUUCACUACCAUAUUUUCAGAAAUAUACAUGUAUACAUACAUACAUAUAUAUAUAUAUAUAUAUAUAUAUAUAUAUAUGCACCUUGAAAAACUGAAUGGGAUUUUGAAGCACUGAAUGUCAUAGUUUAUACAGUGUGUCCUACAAUUUAUUUAUAAACCUAGUGUUAAUAUGAAAUUGUAAAACAACAAAAUUUGUCUAGUCAUGUAUAGAGAGGUAAGAGUGAAUAUAAAAAUAAGAGCCAUAGUAUAUAUGGGAAAAGUUAUAGUGAAAUAAAAUAUGACCAUCACAAACACAA